GACCUGGGUUUGGAGGCAGUACCCUCAGCUGGCCUUUGGCGGAAGGUUUUUGUGCAAGGCAUUUCCCAAGUGCUGGCAGGAUUGUGUCACAGACACAAAGCAAACUUUUGCUGGGCUCCAGGUGACUGCCCACAGUUUAUUAUAAAGGUGACUGCACACCCUGCAGCCACCAGCACUGCCUGGCUCCAGGUACCUCCUGAUCUCAGUAUGGCGCUGUCCUGGGUUCUUACAGUCCUGAGCCUCCUACCUCUGCUGGAAGCCCAGAUUCCAUUGUGUGCCAACCUAGUACCGGUGCCCAUCACCAACGCCACCCUGGACCGGAUCUCUGGCAAGUGGUUUUAUAUUGCAUCGGCCUUUCGAAACGAGGAGUACAAUAAGUCGAUUCACGAGAUCCAAGCAACCUUCUUUUACUUUACCCCCAACAAGACAGAGGACACGAUCUUUCUCAGAGAGUACCAGACCCGACAGAACCAGUGCAUCUAUAACACCAGCUACCUGAAUGUCCAGCGGGAAAAUGGGACCAUCUCCAAAUACGAGGGAGGCCAAGAGCAUUUCGCUCACCUGCUGAUCCUCAGGGACAUGAAGACCUUCAUGCUGGCUUUCGAAGUGAACGAUGAGAAGAAUUGGGGGGUGUCUGUCUAUGCUGACAAGCCAGAGACGACCGAGGAGCAACUGGGUGAGUUCUACGAAGCUCUCGACUGCUUGCGCAUUCCCAGGUCAGACGUCGUGUACACCGAUCAGAAAAAGCCUGCCCUGAGUUGAACCCUGGCCGGGCACUGGAUAAGACACUGUCCCUGGUGGGAAGAGCCUCACAUGUGCCAGGAUGGAUGAUGACAGGCACCGAGUGCUGUGGGAACCCGGCACUGUGGGAAGACGCUGGCUUCUGCAGACGUCUGGGAAGGCCUCCUGGAAGGGGCACAUGAACCAGUCGAGAAAGGUGAGGAGGAUAACACAACCUGCUGCUCCUGUGUACAAUGUGUGAUGAUCAAAUCAGGGUCAUGAACAUUUCAUUUCCACCACCUCAAAUGUUUACCAUUUCUUUGUGUUGGGAACAUUCAAUAUCACACCGUUCCCCAUAAAUACGUACAUUAUGUGUCCACUUAAAAUAAUACAAGCAAACAAAUGUGAAUUUCUAAACUGAGACUAGGGUAAGGCCUUCCUCCUACUAGCAAGAUUGUAAUAAAACUUCAACUACUCAUUAAAAAAAAAAAAAAAAAAAACCCUUUCUGUUUCUGCUGCAAGCAAGGAAAUGAGAGGAUGCAUUCGAGUAACCUUGAGGCACAAGACUCGGAACAGGAGUGGAGGUGUGAAAUGGUUUGGCUCUGUGUCCCCACCCCAAAUCUCACAUGGAAUUUUCAGCCCCAUGUGUUGGAGGUGGGUCCUGGUGGGAGGUGAUUACAUCAUGGGAGUGGCUUCUAAUGGUUUAGCCCCAUCCCCUGAGUGCUGUUUCUCAGGAGAUCUGGUUGUUGAAAAGUGUGUAGCACCUCCCCCUUCGCUCUCUCUCUCCUGCUGUCUUGUGAAAAAGGGACUUGCUUCCUCUUUGCCUUCCACCAUGAUUGUAAGUUUCCUGAGGCCUCCCAGCCAUGCUUCCUGUUAAGCCUGCAGAACUGUGAGUCAAUUAAGCCUCUUUUUAAAAUAAACUACCAAGUCUCAGGUAUUUCUUUAUAGCAAUGUGAGAACAGACUAAUACAAGGUGGAUCAGGUGGGGAGAGUUCAGGCAUGUGGUGCCCAUCACAAGGACCUUAUUCCAGUAUUACCAUGGCCAUGUGGGGAGGCAUGCUGGGGGUCAAGGCUGCAGGCAGGAAGGCCUGAGUGAAGGCUGCUGUGGGCAUCCAAGCAAGAGGUAGUUGCCUGGGCCAGGGAAGGGCUGGGGUGAUGCAGAGGGCUUGGGGCCCAGGCCAGAGGGGCUGGGUGUCUCCAUGGACAUGUCCUCAGGGUGCUCACCUGGGAGACACAGAAGAAGGAGACAACACAUAAGGGUGAGGCUGGUCCCUGAAAAUCAGCUGACAUGUUGCAAAUAUGGAGCCAUGAGGUGGAGCCAAGCUGGAGGCAUGGCUCACUCAGUGGUACAAGCCUCGAAGGGCCGGCCUCACCCAGACCUGGGUGAUCGUGAUUGACAGCCUCUUGUUACAUGAGGGAAGCAGCACCCCUCCUGUGGCAGAAAAAUUGGGCCUGAGUUGUUUGAGUAAUUCCAUGUGUGCAGCUGUCUACACCAUCCCAGGUGACAGGACCAUGAGCCUGAGUCCCUGAUGCCCC